AAAUGAUAUUGAAGUUAGUGUUCAUCGUAUUUGGUGUGAAAUAUUCGAACAAGAUCAGAUCUUAACUAAUACAAAUAUAUUUACAAUUGGUGGUCAUUCAUUACUGAUGAUGCAAUUAUUUCGUCAAUACAAGAUCCAAUUUCAUCUAGAAAUAAAUUCUCUUUCUAUUUCGACUCUUUUUCAACAUCCAACAAUUAGUCAUCAUGCACAACUCAUUCAGCAAUCUAUCAAUAUCAGUUGCACUUCUUAUGAUUAUUCUUGGUCUCCAUUACAUCUCACUCAAGCUAAAGCAUCAUUUGCACAAGAACGAAUCUAUUUAGAUGAACAAAUUCGCUUUUCAUCCAACAAAACAACCAUGAAUAAUAUGUAUGUUAUUCCAUUACUUUAUCGUGUAUCAUCUAUGAAUGAUCAUGUAUCAAUUACUCGAUUGCAUCAUGCAUUUCAAAGUGUUAUCACAAAACAUAAUAUUCUUCGAUCAGUACUCUAUCUUGAUGCAAAUGGUACUAUUAUACAACAUUGUCUAGAUACAAAUAUCAUUCUCAACGAUGAUAUGCAAUUCAAUGGAUUGACAAUUGUUAGUAUUCAUAAUGAUGAUCAUCGUCAUAUGAAUGAAAUUAUCACAGAAAUAUUAAAUCAAGUUGAUUUAUUUGAUUUAUCAAAAGGACAUGUUAUUCGUUGUCAUAUUCUCCGUCAUUGUGACUAUUCCAAAGAUAAUAUUUUAUGUAAGAAUAAUGAUCUUUUGGGUGAAAAUGAUUACAUAUUGAUUAGUAUUCAUCAUGCAAUGUUUGAUGGAGCAUCAACAUCAAUCUUUCUUCGUGAUCUUUCUCUUACAUAUCAAUCUGAUGACUCAUUAUCUAUGGAUGAUAACUCAUUGCAAUAUAUGGACUAUUCUACUCAUGAACAUAUCAUGGACAUGUCAUUAUCUCGUGAAUUCUGGCAUUGUCAACUUGAAAGAUACAACAUCGACUGCUCAUUAUCAUUACCAGUUGAUCGUCAACGUUCAUCAACUAAUCAACAACGAUCAGGUGCAGCAUCCAUAGCUGAAAUUACGUUUGAUAAUGAAUUAUGCACAUCAUUUCUAAACUAUGCAUCAUCACAUCAUCUCACACUCUUUCAACUUGGAUUAUCCAUAUUUUAUGUUUUCCUACUCAAGUUAACUCAUGGUGAGAGUGAUUUAUGUAUUAGUUCUAUCAAUGCUAAUCGAUAUCGAAAUGAAUUAUUUAAUAUGAUCGGAAUGUUUGUUUCAACAUUACCAUAUCGUGUUGAAAUUGAUUCUCAUUGGUCAUUUCAUGAAUUUGUGAAAUAUGUACGAGUGAAAUGUUUAUCAAUUCUUGAACACUCUUAUUAUCCAUUACAGCAUAUUCUCAGUGAUUUAAAUCUCACUCAGUCAAAUGUUUCAUUUCUCGAAACCAUGUUUGAUUUUAUCACUGUAUCAGAAGAUGUUAGUGGAUUACGUUUGAAUGGUGUUAAUCUAGAACAAGUAUCGUUAAAUGAAUCAUAUGAAAUCGCUAAAUUUGACUUCUCAUUAAAAUUUGUAUACAAUCCAUUAUCAGAUAAUAAGAGAUUAUCAUGCAGUUUUGUUUGUUCUCAUGAUUUGUUUGAAAAAUCAAGUAUUUCAAGAAUAGCUCAAAGAUUUCAAUAUAUGUUUGAGCAAGUUUUUCAAACACAAUCGAGCAAUAUUCCUGCGAUCACUUUGAAAUCAUCAAUUAGCAAAAUGUGUGUUAUUCUUCCCGAAGAAGCUGAAGAGAUGGAAUCAGUUCUGUUUCAUCGACUGGAUGAUAUUGUGAAUGAAGGUAUGAUUGUCUGCAACAUGCUUUAUCGUUUUAUAAAAAUUAUAACUCACCAAGCUCUCAUUAUUCUAGCACCAGCAUCAUUUGCACAAGCUCGUAUAUGGCUUGAUGAAAGAAUUCGAUUCGACCCAGACAACCCACAAACAGCAAUCUAUAAUAUGCCUUUUGUUUACCGUCUUCAAUCAGAUCAUACUUUAUCCAUUAAACAACUCUGUCAUGCUCUUCAUCUCACUGUUAACAAACAUCCCUCACUUCAUACAUCACUUCAUUUUGAUAUCGAAAAGAAUCUACUAAUGCAACGAGUUAUUACUCAUGAUGAUAUAAAGAAUAAUAAUAUGUUUUCAAUCAUCGAAACUACUUAUGAAACAGAUGGACAAUUAAAUGAAAUUUUACACGAUGAGAAACGUAAUCCUCAUCUUUUCGAUCUUGCUCAAGGUCUUGUCUUUCGAUGUCAUAUUAUUUAUUACAAACAAAUCUCUUCAGAUCAUCUUCUUUCUCACAAAGAUCUACUUAUCUUCAACUUUCAUCAUGCUUUGUUUGAUUUUCCUUCAAUGAAUAUCUUUCUUCAUGAUCUCAAUCAAGCAUAUACAACAGGUCAAUUAUUAUAUGAUGACAACACCAAUCUUCGUUAUCUAGAUUAUGCAGUUAUUGAACAACAAAUGUCAAUGACUGGUGCAAGCAUGUUUUGGCAUGAUGUUCUUCAUGAUUGUAAACUCGAUCAACCUUUACCAUUACCAUUUGAUCGGUAUCGUCUUGCAAAUGAACAUCGAACUGGUCGUGGAACAUCUAUUUCAUUUGAUUUUGGUCAAGAUCUCUCACAUGACUUCCUUACUCACGUAUCAUCAAAUAGCAUAUCACUGGAACAACUCGCACUUGCUACUUAUUAUGUGUUUUUAUUCAAACUAACGAAUGGAGAAAAAGAUGUAUGCAUUGGAAUAAAUACACAUGGUCGAUAUAGAGAUGAACUUGAAUCUAUUGUUGGAAUGUUUGUGAAUGCCAUACCUUUACGAUGUCGACUCGAUCCUCAUUUAUCAUUUCAUAAACUUGCUAAACACGUUCAAAAUAAUAUGUUAAAUAGUAUGAAGUAUUCAUAUUUUCCUCUUCAACGUAUUCUCAAUCAACAUGCAAAUAUAUCAAAUCCUGUAUUUCUUGAUACAUCAUUUGACUUUAUAUCAUCUAUGACAAAAGAUGAGAAAAAAGAAAUAAUGCUUGGUGAUAGUCGAUUUUCUUUAAUACCUUAUUCGAUUAAGAUUAGUGAAGAUGAAAUAAUGAGUAAAUUUGAUUUUAUUCUUAGUUUUCAACACGAUCUGAAACUAAAUGAAUUCUCAUGUACAAUCAAUGCAUCUCUUGAUUUAUUCAAUGUUGAAACAGUUUGUUUAAUUACGCAAAGAUUUCAGACAAUGUUACAUCAACAGUUCACAUCUUUCAACAGUACAACAAACAAACCUAUUCAUGAAUUAUCAUUGGUAUUAUCAAACGAACGAUAUCUAAUGCAAUCAUUGAAUAAUACAUAUAUAUCAUUUUCAUCUUCUCGUCUCACUUGUAUUCAUCAUGAGUUUGUAUAUCAAGCAAUGAAACAUCCGCAAAAACUAGCAGUUGAACUUGAUGAACAGUCAUUGACAUAUUGUGAACUCUUACA